AUGCCUGUUGGCAACGGAACAUCCUCGGAAGAAAAAGCUUUUCCUGUAACGGUCGAUCUCGCCAGAAUCCUCAGUGAGAUUGGCCGCAAGGCGGUCAUCGUAAGCCGAAAGGAAGAUGGGCUUCGUGAUAGUGCCCUGCCCACCGUCAUUGCUGAAAAGGUUCAGACGACUGGAGAGGCGCAAUUGUUACUCACGAGAUGGGGCGAGUCAGUACCCGAUGAACUGAGGCUUGUUAUCCUCUCGCGCAACAGUCUUCUCAUCAGUGAAGAGGCAAUCACCACAGGCGCAAACAUCAUCGCCAAAGGGAAACCAUGGGACUACAUUAUGCGAAACGGCCAAUCCCUAGCAGCAAACUCGGCCCGAAAGGUUCUGAGGAUUGUUGUCGAAGCUGUGGACUCCAAGUCUAACGUAAUAAUGCCCAAUUUGCUGGCACCGCUCCACGCACUUUCGACACUGGCUGUGCAUGUGAUUACACAUCCAAAUUCUCGCAUCUCGACGAUGGACCUCCAUGUGCAAAGUUGA